AUGUCUCAAGUCUGGAUGGGCGUUUCUGACAUCUUGAAUGAGGACACAUUUCUGAAACUCACCAAUGCCAAAAAGAUCAAGUAUACCAACUGGGAUCAACGUGAACCAAACAAUGCUUCCAAGAGAGAGCACUGUGUUGAAUGGGGGGAUAGUGGCAAAUGGAAUGACGCCAUCUGCGAGAAGAAGAAUUUCUUCAUUUGUGAGCAUGAUAUUUGGCACUUUCUGGGAACCACCAGGGAAAAGUUCAAACAAGAGCAUGGAGAUCUUACACCACGUGUACAACAGAAAAUCGCUGGUCAGAUGAUUCGGGAACUCGAUUGGUUUAAAAACCUUUUCGAACAAAAAGCGAGUUUAUUGGAACUUGAGAUGUCUAACGCCCAGAUGGAAAAACGGUCAGGGAUGGAAAAUGUUGGCGAAGUGGCAAAAAAAGAUUUAAAAGUGCUGAAAGAGAGUCUCAACAUUUGUGGAGGAAUACGAAAUCCAGACGACUUUCGACAGCCAUCCUACGUACAAGAAUGCCUGGCAGACAUACACCAAAAUGACGAUAAAGAUCACAAGAAACUGAAAUUCAUCAGAUGCGCAACACUUAUCUUUAGGAAGACACUUGAAAACAUUUGGAAACUCCGUUUGGAUUCUCUUGAAAGUUUCAUCGCAAUAUUUGAGGAGUACAAUAGAGGAACUAUUUCGUUCAUUGAGCUUCACCUCCAGUACGUCAGAGAUACUGGAGAAAAAUAUAUGAAGCGGGCAAUGGAGUUGGCUGACGUGAAAGGAGUGUUGGAAGAUCUUCUGACCAAUGCAAAUCUGGAGAAAUAAAACAUGGUUGAAUACCACCCUCAUGUAUUGUCCGAUGUUUAGGAAAUAAUCUUUUGUUAUGCACGUGUGGACGAUUCCACUCGCUUUUCAGUUAUAACUAUACUACUGCACAAUUGACCCACAUACCUAACAUGCUUUCUCAACCUCUGUAUGAUAUAAUGCAUAUGUCCUUAGAAAAAAUUUACUCUAGAGAUCCAGUUGAAUGUUUUCAAACUCGUAUAAAACGUGGUACAUGAAAAGACGUGAACUCAUGAAGUCUUGCUUCACUGUGUUUGCCCUUGUCGUUAUUGAUGUUAGAUAUGCAUCCAUCAUCCUCACUUUCUCUUGUUCACUUUUCUUAUUGUUCUUCAUCAUUUAAAUACAUUAGCGUUCGCUUCAUCAGAGAACCAACCUGGAAGAGACGGUUUUUCAGUUUCCAAUUGGAAAUAUUUUCGACUACUUAUUCUUUACUGAAACUCGUACAUGUUAGACUUAAUAGGUUAAGAACUAGUUAAUUAUCUACCCUCUGCCCAGUUAAUUCACUUUAAAUAGACAAUAUAUAUGUCAUACUUCAACACACCUAUAGUGUA